UUUAAUCUUUGUGUUCACUAAACAUUAAUGUCCUCUCUGCCUCUCUCCCAAUUAAUUCGGAGAAUAGCUUCACUAACAGUUGAAAUUCUGUUUUAUGGGUGUGAUUGCAGCUUUGGAGAAUAUGGCGCUUAAUAAGCCAGCACAACAGUCGUCAGAAAGUUUACUUUAUAGUGGAAUUGCGAAGAAGGCAGUGGAUGGAAACACCGAUGGAAAUUUUCUUCAUGGUUCUUGCACCCAUACAGAUGAAUCAUAUUUAGCUAAUAAACCAUGGUGGAAGGUGGAUCUGAUGGGUUUCUACAAAGUCAGCGGUGUGGAAAUUUUCACAAGAACUGACUGUUGUAGUUACAGACUAAAGCAAUUUGAAGUGCGAGUGUCUCUGGUGAAUCCAACAACUUUUCCCUCUAAUGAAGGACAGCAGUGCUUCUAUCGAACUGAUGAAGUUCCUACAUCUGGACUCUACAUCAACUGCACUCAGCCAAUCAUCGGCCGCUACGUCAGCUUGUUUAAACCUAACCUCUACGUUCUGUCCAUCUGUGAACUGCGCGUGUUCGCCGACAGAGCAGGUGCUUAUUCUGGCUUUUUGGACAAUUUUCGAGCAGUCGGCAAAGCUAACAAAUCAUUUGAAGGCGUUUCCGCGUCCACGUGCGCAGUGAGAUGUGCGCAGACCGACAGCUGCUUUGUCUUCAACUUCCGGAGGUCAACAGCAGCUUCAAAACCCAGUGUCACGUGUGAGGUCCUGUUGGGCCUCAGUGCCUUUGUCCCAUUCAACGAGUCCAACCUGAUUGCACAAAAUGGUUCCAGACUAAAGCAGUUUGAAGUGCGAGUGUCUCUGGUGAAUCCAACAACUUUUCCCUCUAAUGAAGGACAGCAGUGCUUCUAUCGAACUGAUGAAGUUCCUACAUCUGGACUCUACAUCAACUGCACUCAGCCAAUCAUCGGCCGCUACGUCAGCUUGUUUAAACCUAACCUCGACGUUCUGUCCAUCUGUGAACUGCGCGUGUUCGCCGACAGAGCAGCGUUGGAGAAUGUGGCACUGAAUAAACCAGCUCAGCAUGUGUCAGAGUAUCAGUAUUCCUACGCGCCUGCAGGCAAGGCUGUGGACGGAAAUACAGAUGGCAAUUUUUAUCAUGGCUUCUGCUCUCACACGAAGGUAGAAGUACAAAGUACUACUUGGUGGAAGGUUGACCUGAUGGGUUUCUUCAAAGUCACCAGCAUUCAAAUUUUCACAAGGACAGACUGUUGUGACUUCAGACUACAAAAGUUUGAAGUCCGAGUGUCACUAACGAAUCCAGUGAAGUUCCCUUCCAGUGAAGGUCAGCAGUGCUUCUAUCGUACAGACCAAGUCCCUACAUCCGGUCUCUAUGUCAACUGCACUCAGCCAAUCAUCGGCCGCUACGUCAGCUUGUACAAAGCAACCCUCGAUGCUCUGACCCUUUGUGAACUUCGUGUGUUUGCCGACAAAGCAGGUAUGACCAUGUCCCUUGUUAUCUCCUGUGUUCAACACGGCAAAGAAACACUACAGAGCAAUAGAAUGAUUCUGGUUCACUUCUGA